CCGGAAGUUGAGCCCGGAGAAAGGAAAAAGCGGACGCAAACCUAUUCAUUGAUACAAACCUGCGAAAUAACAUCUUAAUAAAGACGUUCAGAUUUCAUAAAUUUCUUGAGCUGAAAUGAGCGCUGCUGUCCCCAACCACCGAAGGACCAAGCCUGGUGGCAUUAAGCCUGGGGCUGGGUCUAAUGGAGUCGUCGGACCCACGUCCCAGAUUCCUGGACUGUCCCAGACUGCUGAUGACGGCACCCCUGUGCAGAGGAUCAGCGGUCGGCGUGUAGGGAUAUUUGAGACAGAUUCAGAUUAUGUAAAGCUUGCCAAGCAAGGGGGACAAAAAGGGCUGUUGAGCCAUGAUGUAGACCCUGACGCCAAACCUGCGAAAGCUUACAAUCGUCCUGAAUGGUUUGGCAAUUCUGAUCCUAACAACGGAAGCAAAGCAACGUCUCCCGAUGGCGCGGCGGGAUCAGCCAGGCAGCCCCUCACUGCCCCGUUUGGUACCGAUAACUGUUCCUCCUGGGAGAGAGAGGCUGAUAGGUUUACCCAUGGUAAAACAAAGGAGUCGCCGGAGAGCCCCUCCAGUGAAAUGGAGGGCCUGACCAUAAACGAGACCAACAAGUACAAGAGAACGUCCUAUGACAAGAAGGCUCCUCCGGUCAGCAUGUCCAAGCUGCUGAGUUUCGGCUAUGUGGAGGAAGAGAAAAAAUCUCCCAAUGAUGACGACGCUUCAAGCGUGACCUCGGAACAAACCAGCACGGUGGCGACGGAGGACGUCGAAGACCUGGAGUAGGGAGGAAGGGCUUUCGUCUGGAGCUGGGUGGGUGAUGGGGGGUGAUUGUGCAAACACUGGUCAUUGUGUCACAAAUUCACAAACACAACACCCCUAUCUCCUCUCCCGCCCCUCUGGUGUUCACUGACAUUUAUUGUAUAUCCAUCAACUCUUAGGUUUUGUACUCAUGUUGACGCAACGGUACCAUGCUCUUAUUUGCUUUAAUUUUGAGGAUAUCCUUGUGGAUUAUUUUGUUUUGUUUUGUUGCGUACAUCUAAUAAGGUCUCACAAUAUUUAUUCUGUGUUGUUCUCGAUUGGAGAGACGAAUUGUACACAGGGUCGAGAGCUGACACGUCCAGUCCACAGGCUACAGUAGUCUGACUGCUGGCCAGCAUCACCGGGUGUUUCGCCUUGUUUUAUCGGCCAAAUCGAUAUUUUAGAGUGUCUACUGUAAUCUAGCAAAUGUAUCUGGUAGCGUCGGUAAACCUGGACCGGGGUGUAGCCGUCUGGCAGCGUCGGUAAACCUGGACCGGGAUGUGGCUGGUGGCUGGUGUCAGUCUCGCUCCCUGGUUGUAUGAAGAUCGAGUCGGUUAAUUUGGUGUUUGUGCUUGACGAAGUGUGGUCACGGUGGUGUGAAUUGUCGUUUGUGUCCUGAAGGAACGGUUGGUGGCUUUGUAUGUGUUUUUCAGCAGUGGGGUUGAAUAUGAUCACAUGUUGAGACAGCGAUCCCAUGGGUGAACAACACACUCUAGUGAGCACGCUGACCUGUGCUUCGUUUGGUAAAACCGGUGUCUCUGCCAAAAUGGACUUUUAGGCUUCUAGGCUUUCUCUGCUCCGCACAUAUUUAGAUUUUCUCUCAUUUAGCAUCUUAGCAGCUUGCAUCAUUCCAGGGGUCAGACAUGUUUUAUGGACAUUCACAUACCCAGGUCAACGUAUAUAUUAGAGAUGGGGGAGGGGGAUCGAUUCAGUUACGCAUCGCGAUUCUUUUGUGCGGCGAUUCAUGUCACACUGACUCCAAAAUCGAUUUUAUAUAUAUAUAUAUAUAUAUAUAUAUAUAUAUAUAUAUAUACACAUUAAGCAAAUGUAGCGUUUUUGUUUACUUCUAAUUUUAAGUUAAAUUUUAUGUUGUGGAAAUGCUGCCCUUGGUUUUUGAGGGGGGACAUAAAUGUCAUGAAAAGCAGGCUACAUUUACUUACUCAUGUUCAGUUCACUUGUGCAGCUGUUGAAUACAGCUUUCAAAAUAUUGGAAAAAAACGAAUCGACUCGGGAUAUAUACAUAUAUAUAUAUAUAUAUACACACACACACACACACACACAUAUAUAUUUGCGAUACUUACAGAAUCGCGAUACAAAUGGAAUCGCCACCUAGGUAUCGUGAUAAUGUCGUACCGGGCGGCCCCUGGUGCUUCCCAUCCCUAUUAUAUAUAUUUUCAAAAUAUUGUAAAAGGAUAUGUAAGUGGGGUUUAAACAGGUACUGAAUCAUGUCUGUCAUUGCCAUGUUCAAGUUUAAACCGCCUCAGGCAACGCUGUGCACGUGUGUGACAGGAUUGCACUUUCCUUGUUUUAGCAAACUCAUAAAGCUCCAGAAAAAAACCAACAUUGGAAGGUAUAAGAAAAGCACAGACCGCUGCAGAAUAACACUAAGAGUCAGUUUUGGUGAAAUACCCUCCAAAAGGGUCGGCGAACAUGUUUUCAAAGUGCACUCUGAACAUGCCAAUCUGGCAGUUUUAAUCCUGAUCAUCCAGUGUUGACAGUUUGUAGAUAUCAGUUAGAGAGUUGUUGUGUUGUUUUUAUUAACGUGCCCCCUGACCAAACUAUCACCACGACCACAACCUCAUAUCGUAGCGUGUCCAGGAAAGAAGUGUGGUGAAGCAUUCCAUGUUCGAUGCUUUUUAUUAAAAUGCAAGGGGCGUAUUCUACCGAUGCAUCGAUUAUGCAUGCGUAAACUACAUCUGGUAGCGCCGAGGUUUCCAGGAUGAGCACACCGUGUUGUGUGCAGAACAACAAACGCAUUGUGGAUGAAUUGUUGGUGUUAAUCCACCAACGUUGCAAAAUGUAUCCUGGAUCCAGCGGCUCCAGUGAACUGAUUUGCCAAUUAUCCAGGCGGGGGGGGUCACCGAACAUCUCACCCCGAUGUGAAAUAUGUGCUGCAGCUUCGACUCCCACGUGAAACGUUUCCAUCCUGAAGAAACAGACCAUAAAGUGCUACACAUGUGGUUGAUCAGUGGUUUAUGCCUGUGUAAUUGAUGAGUAAUUAAUCCGUGUUUUGCCUCAGUUGUCUCACUACACAUUGCAUCUGCGAGGGAACGAUUCUGCAGUACAAGAUUGUGUAUUUAAAAAUGAAUUAACCCUUUGAUGUGUUGAUUACGAGCUCGGCGCUGGUGAACUCUGCAUACAUUAUGCACCAGUUUAGGGCGCGUCUUUGUAAAUGCAACUGUGUAUAUCUGGAUUUGGAAGUUUGUGUCAAUUUUUAACAAUGUGCCAUUGCUAAUAUGUGCUGAAAAGUGAUGCAAAAUGUGUUAAUGGGCCAUAACUUGAUGCACACAGCUGUGUUGUGAACGAAGCCCUCGAUAAGACUGCAGGAAACGGUGAAUGUAUCACGUAGCGAUGAUGAUUGCUUUAAGAUUUUACUUCGAUCAGGUCAUCCAUGGACACUCACUUGACAGCGACUUUCCUCAGUCUGCCAGUAAAGUCGGCUGCAUUUCCAUGAGUACAUUCCUUUUCUAUAGUGGUUCUCAAUCAGAUCCUCGGAUACCAGUUAUUCCGGCCUCCAGUCAAGGGGGACCUGAGGACCUGCUUGAAAACCACUGAAGUAAUGCGUUAGGAAAGCCUCCAUGUACUUUUUUUUUUUUGCUCACCAUAAUCAAGUUGGUUUUAGCCUGUUGUAAAGAUCCUACAUUUUAGUUUUAAAACUCAAAUAUUAAACACAAACCAACUGAAGAGGUUGAAGAAAGACGCAACCUGUAGUGAGAAGAAAUCCACUUAACGACUUAAUUGUAAGAUCCUGUUUUCUCGAUGAGUGCUGUCAGAAGGUCGAGUGAAUGAUCACUGAAAUAAAUUGGCAUGUGCAUGUA